AAGGAUAUAAAAAAGUUGUUAUUUUUAUUGUGUUUGUUGUGAAUUUUGAAGGUAGCUUUUGUAAAACAUAGCUGAAUUCUUAAACCAGUUUUUUACUUGUCGAUGUAGCUUUAGCGGAUACUGAAUUAAUUCCUAAUUUAAAAUUAAAAUUUACUAUUCUUUUCUUAGCUAUGUCUUUAGAAGCUAGCAACAGCAGCGGCGGAGGUGGUUCCCAAGUGGCUCUCGUUACUGGGGGCUACGACCACACCAUCAAGCUGUGGCAAGCACACAGUGGUGUAUGUCUACGAACCAUGCAGCACCCUGAUUCUCAAGUAAAUGCUUUGGAAAUCACCCCUAGUGGUCAAAUGGUAGCUGCUUGUGGAUACCAACACAUCCGCAUGUAUGAUUUACAAAGUGCCAACCCCGAUCCAGUGAUGAACUUUGAGGGCGUCACUAAAAAUGUUUCCAGAGUUGGUUUUCAUGAAGACGGAAAGUGGAUGUACACGGGUGGUGAGGACUGUACAGCCAGAAUAUGGGACCCUAGAGCUGGUCGGCAAUUACAAUGCCAGAGGAUAUUUCAAGUGCCAGCACCAGUGAAUGCGGUUGUGCUACAUCCUGACCAGACCCAGAUCAUGGUCGGAGACCAGAGUGGCAUCAUCCAUGUAUGGGAUCUUAGGACUGACAAGAACGAUCAAUUGAUACCAGAGGCUGAGGCGUCCAUCCAGGACAUAGCCAUCGCGCCUGAGGGCAAACUGAUGGCGGCCGUGAACAACAAGGGCAACUGCUACGUGUGGACGCUGGACGGGACGCCGCCGCGCCCCGUGCCGCGCCGCCAGCUGCUCGCGCACAACAAGUACGCGCUCCGCUGUAAAUUCAGCCACGACUCCACCAUGCUAGUGACGACGUCGGGCGACUGCUCGGCCAAGCUGUGGCGCACCAGCGACUGGUCGUUGCUGCGCGAGCUGCGCCACGACACGCAGCGCUGGGUGUGGGAUGCCGCCUUCAGCAUUGAUUCGCGCUACCUCUUCACCGGUUCAUCCGACAGUUACGCGCGACUCUGGGACGUCGAGAAAGGUACACUGGAGCGGGAGUACUGCGGCCACCAGAAGCCGAUCACUGCACUCGCCUUCAAGGACCACGCGGUGUAAGCCGGGUGUUUACGACACUACUAUGAGAGAGGUCUCGUCUCGGGCAAUGGUUAAAUCGCUCACGGAGCGAUUUGCGCAGUAGGCACGCAUUUUUGAAAAAUGACUCAAUUAAUUCUUAAGUGCUUAUAAGCCACUAAAAAAAACAUAAAAUUUUUAUUCAGGCCCCCAGGUCUGCCGGCGCCCGCAGUUCGGCCAAUUUAAACUACUCCCGUGUAUCGUGAAAUAUGUUCCUUACAAUUUCGCAUUCUUUGCGAGUUGCAGUCGGUUGCGGGUGAAAAUCGCUCAGUGAUUUCUAGCCCAUUAGUGCGUUGCGUUGCGUUGUUGCAUUGGAUCAACGGAAAUUAUAAGCCUACGUUGCGAUGACGCAUCAGUUUUUCAGUGUAGAUUUCCGUAGACUUUGUACAAUAGAUCGGAACAAACCGUUAAACUGUCUCUUUUAUUACGCGCCGAAACAAAUCAAGAAAUAAUAAGGGAUUCUGGAUAUCUCCUUUGUUUUAAAUUAGUUUAGUUGUUUUAAGAUGAAGAUUUUUUUUUGCGCGACGCGUUGCACUUAUGUGGCCUCUCUCUACAUUAUACACACAACACGACGCUGCCUCCAUAGCUACAUAGUGAGUAAGACGGAACUUUAUACCUCGGAGUUAGUUUAAAUUGGAAUGUUUUAUGUUAAGAGACUAUUGACAAUGUAUGUUUGGUAUUCUUAAAUGUUUAAUUUAAAUAUAACGUAGCUAAUAUACCUUUGAGAGUUCUUGACUUUACUGGAAGUUAUAUUCGAAAUUGAGUACAAUGACUGUAUCGCAUUAUCUGUGUAUACUUUAGGAGAUGGAUGAGAAGGUAUCUGCAUACCUCUAGGAGAUGAUUGAGAAGGUAUCUGCAGACUUCACAGUAUGCUCUGAUUUAUUUAUUGUAAAUAUUUCGUAAAAGCAGCUUGCAGCAUUUAAGAUUUCAGAGAGAAUUGUGACAUUUCUAGUUAGCAUUUGCCAAGGAAUUUUAGCAGAAUUCAAUGACCCAGUCAUCAAAUUGCAAUUCGCAUGUGAUCUCAAGCUUUAUAUCUGGCGACAUAAUACCUCCUCAUUGGUCCAUGUGACGGAAUUCGACGAUGCCAUAAUGUUCUUGAAAUUCUCCGGCUAAAUAUCGCGAAAGUUAAUACCUAUGCAUAAAUAUACCAAACUAACAAUGGACUUUAAUAACUUUACUGCCUUACCUUUUUUCAUAAUCUGAUCAAUGCAACCUUCGUGAACCCAGGUCCUCUUUCACCUCUAAAUCCGGCCAUGCAAACACACACAUUAUAGCAUUGAUGAUUUUUGUCACAUGUUAAUUAAGUAAUUGUGAUUUGAUAUCUGUGAGAGUUAUUAUUUUAUAUACUUAGGCAAUACAUAUUUUGGUGUUAUAUUCAGUGAAACCCAAUCUGUACUCUUCUGUCUCAAACAGAGUCAAAUUGCUAAGUUGUUAUUGUAACGUUCAAAUAUUUUAAGCUACUAAAUUGAAGAAUAUUUAUUUUCAAACAAAACUGUUUUAUUAAUUUUCAUUUUUUAAGCUUUAUACUUAUCAACUGCAUUUAUAUACCCAGAUCCAUACUAGUCAAAAUAAGUUAAGAGAAAUUACCAAAAUGAAGAUUCCUCAUAAUAUGCAUGAAUCAAUAACGAUGAUGACAUUAUAUGUGACAUAAAAAAUACAAAUAAUCUUUUAAAAAGAUGUAUAUUAUAUAACUUUGACUAGAUUGUUUUAAUGUUAUCGCACUGCUAACAUAUAAUAUAACAUUGUUUACAUUACGAAGAAUAUAUUUUAUAGCAAGAAAACCUCAGAAAACCUGUACCCGUAACUAAUUCACUAUGGUUUUGCACGCCUCACAACGCGUAAGCGUGUGGGAGUAGGGUUACCAUAUCUCAGGAUUUGUCCUGAGAUAUCAGGAUUUUUGGACUCUUCUCAGGAUUGCGGAUGGGUUUUGCAAAUCUCUUGAAAUCUCAAGAUUUUUUGUAUUUUCAAUAAAAUAUAGCUAACGUUCUAAGGAUCUGUUUUUAUAAAAACUUAAACAAACUAAAAAUAAUCUUCCUUUGAUAAUAAUUGCACAGUAAAAAUCAGUACUUAUUAUCCAAGUAGGUACUUGAUCAGUUUUAUCAUACUUAAUAUGUGAUGAUACAUUAUUCAGUAAGGUUUUUUCUUUAAUUAUGGAUUUAUAAAAUGCCCCACAUGUUAAGCUCUUCAAAUUAUAUUGAAUUAAAAGUAUAAGCAGCAUGUAUAUAAGCGAUAAUAUUAAGACUUUUCUAAAUUGUUAAGUACGUUUGAGAGAAAAUUCUCAAACUGUAAAAAUCUCAGGAUUUUUCUAUGGAAAUCAAGCCUUUUUUCCGGACUUGAUUUUUUU